UGGUUCCAAAUGUCCUGUCUGGUGAAUACAGUCUGCAAGUCACGGACGGCAGCAUAGAUGCCAUGGAGGACCGUGCAGGAGCCCCGCCCCCCGCGGCUUCUCUGAGGGCACGGACUCCCUUCAAAACAACUUGAGGAGCGCCAGCUUCUUCUUUGUACUUAGUGCCAGGGCAGCGCUCUGCCUACUUCCAGCCAUGCGAGACUAUGAUGAGGCGACCUCCUUCCUCGGGGACUGGGGGCCCUUCCAGCUGACCAUCUUCUUCCUCCUCAGCGCGAGCACCAUUCCCAAUGGCUUCAAUGGUAUGUCUGUCAUGUUCCUGGCUGCCACUCCUGAGCACCGGUGCCUAGUACCCGGCAGUGCCAACCUGAGCCAGGCUUGGAGGAAUGUCAGCAUCCCCUGGGAGGAGAAGGACGGGCAGCCGGUGGAGAGCAGGUGCUGGAGGUACAGGCUGGACACCCUGAGGAACUACUCUGCCCUGGGGCUCCUUCCUGGGGUGGACGUCAAUGUUGAGGACAUCGAGAAGGAGAAGUGUCUGGACGGCUGGCACUAUGACCGGGACCUCUACCACUCCACCGUGGUCACCGAGUGGGAUAUAGUCUGUGACAAUGACUGGAAGGGGCCUCUGACAACGUCUUUGUUUUUUGCUGGUGUUCUUACGGGGUCAUUUAUUUCUGGACAGCUCUCAGACAGCUUUGGAAGAAAGAAGGUUCUCUUUGGAACAAUGGCGGUACAAACUGGUUUCAGCAUUAUACAAGUAUUCUCAAUCAGUUGGGAGAUGUUUACCAUUCUCUUCCUCAUUGUUGGAAUGGGGCAGAUCUCCAAUUAUGUGGCUGCCUUUAUAUUAGGAUCUGAAAUACUUGGCAAGUCUGCUCGUAUCAUCUUCUCAACAUUAGGCAUCUGUAUAUUUUUUGCAAUUGGAUACAUGAUUUUGCCUUUGUUCGCCUAUUUCCUCCGGGACUGGAGAACAUUACUGAUGGCCCUGACUGUUCCCGGACUGCUAUGUGUCCCCUUGUGGUGGAUUAUUCCAGAAUCUCCUCAGUGGCUAAUAUCUCAGGGAAGGAUAGAAGAAGCAGAGGCUAUAAUAAGGAAGGCAGCUAAACAAAAUAAGAUGUCUGCACCUGCUAUUAUCUUUGGAACUGCUGAGCUGGAUGGCACCAAACAGCGCCAAAUCAGACGUUAUACUUUCUUGGAUCUACUGAAGACCAGCAACAUAGCAAUCAUCACGGUACUUACAAUCUUUUUUUGGUUGACUGUAUCUAUUGGAUACUUUGGCGUUUCCCUGAAUACCCCAAAUUUGCAUGGGGAUCCAUUUCUGAAUUGCUUCCUGCUGGCUGCCAUUGAAGUUCCAUCAUAUAUUAUAGCAUGGCUGCUACUUCAACAUGUACCCAGGCGCUUUUCAAUGUGUGGGACAAUGCUUCUUGGCGGUGUUGUGCUGCUUCUUAUACAACUUGUACCACAAAGUCUCCACAUUUUGUCCACAGUAAUGGUGAUGGUGGGAAAAUUUGGAGUUACAGCAGCCUUCUCCAUGGCAUAUGUAUACACAGCUGAACUUUAUCCUACAGUCAUACGAAAUAUGGGUGUGGGUAUUGGUUCUAUGUCUUCUCGAGUGGGAAGUGUAAUCUCUCCGUACUUUGUUUACCUUGGUGCCUAUAACAGGCUGCUGCCUUACAUCCUCAUGGGAAGCAUGACAGUAAUUAUGGGAGUUCUUGUGUUGUUCUUCCCAGAAACUUAUGGUAGACCGUUACCUGAAAAUAUGGACCAGACACCGAAUGUAAAAGGACUGUGUUGCAAAAAGAACUCCCAUAAUAAGUUUCAUGAAAAUUCAAACAAUUUGAAAAAUGGAAUCAUAUUAAUGACUACAAAGUUAUGAUGUUCUGAUCCAUUCUUGUAACCAAUAUAAUAUAUGUCUGUUGCUGAGUGUACUGUCCCUGGAAGCUGAUCUGGCAUUUCUCAUUCAGUUUCUUUUGGGGGGUUUUGUUUGUAAAUUUGCAUUGUGUGAUUUUAGUUAAUUUCUGAUACAUUUAGGGUGCCUUCACACAAUGCAGAUUUUGUUGCACAAUUUUCUGUG